CUACUGAUUUUUAUAAAUAAACUUAUAAAAUAUUUGAGCGGAAUGAGAAUCAUAUGAAAUCAGUUGGUAAAUUUGUUUCUGUUUAAUCUAGUCUAAAAUAUUAAUGUUUUAACCUUUUAUUUGAUUAUUAGCUUAUAUUUCAAGAUUUCAAUACAAUAAUUUUAAUAAAAUUUUUAACUUGUAAAGAGAAAUUUCAAAUAUUGCAUUUGUUUGGAACUGGAAAUAAAAUAAAAAUGCUUCCUGUUGAUAAGAAUUUAAUGAAAACAAAAUCCGAGCCUAUACGAGUUAUAGUUCGCUGCAGGCCGAUGAGUUCCAAUGAAAAGCAGUCAGGCUAUUCAAAAAUUGUCAACGUUCAGCCAUCAAAUCGCUCAGUUCAAGUUUACGAUUCUUCAACAGACAAAGCGGCCAGACUGUUUGAAUUUGACGCAGUCUACGACACCAUCUCCUCCCAGGAGGAUCUCUACUCAGAAUCUGUUCUGAAUAUAAUCGACUCCGUGAUGAGAGGCUAUAACGCAACCAUAUUUGCUUACGGACAAACAGGUUCAGGAAAAACGUUUACCAUGGAGGGUAGUCGAGAUUUGAAAGGGAUAAUACCGAGGUCUUUUGAACAGAUAUUUUCCCAUGUGGACAGGUCUACAGAUUGUGAUUUUUCGGUGAUAGCGACGUAUGUUGAGAUUUACAAUGAAGAGGUCAGAGAUCUCCUCGAUUACAAUAAAUCUAGGCAGUUGUGUAAAUUGAGAGAGGAUACAGAGACAGGUGUUUUUGUGAAGAACCUGAGCAGAUCGAUUUGUAAAAGUGUGAGGGAUCUGGAGAGAGUAAUGAAGGUUGGCAAUCAAAACCGACAGACUGGAUUCACCCACAUGAAUGAGCACAGCUCAAGGUCGCAUGCGAUUCUAACAAUAACGGUGGAGGCUCGAAGGUUCGAUGCGAAGAAAAUUAGAACCGGAAAACUGAAUUUGGUUGAUUUGGCGGGCAGUGAGCGACAGUCGAAAACAAACUCAACGGAUGAACGACUGAAAGAGGCCAGCAAAAUCAACCUUUCUUUGUCCGCACUGGGCAACGUUAUUUCAGCAUUAGGCAAGAAACAGCGUCACAUACCGUAUCGAGACUCAAAACUCACCAGACUGUUGCAAGACUCUCUGGGAGGAAACUCUAGAACACUAAUGAUUGCCAACAUUGGUCCAGCCAGUUACAACUAUGAAGAGACACUGAUGACGCUGCGAUAUGCUAACAGAGCCAAACGAAUCACAAACAGACCGUCAGUGAAUGAGAGCGAUAAAGACACUAUGAUAAAGUAUUGCGAAGAAGAAAUACGCAGACUCAAAUGUAUGAUAGCUGAGAAAAAGAUGAAAGCAAAAAGAGGGAUGGAAAAGUAUGGACAGAGCUUUGAAUCGGUCUCCUACGAAAACGGAGAAAGAGAUUACACACUUGAGAACAAGAUUAACAUUGACGAUUGUUCAAAUGAAGAUGACAAUCCAGGAUAUGAAUUUUCCGACAAAGAAGUAGAAAAUAUUGAACGUAUCUUGAAUAAAACGUUCACAAUAAAUGACAAUAAUUUGAACAGCCUAGUACAAACAAAUAAUAAACACAAUAAUCAUUUUCCAAAGAAAGCUAAAAAUUUCGAGAUUAUAUCACAGAAAGAGAAUAUUGAUAACAAGAAUUUGUUGAGACAUAUUGAGCAUCUAAAUCAAAUUUCCGAAGCAAAAAGAACCGAGAUUGAGAAAGCUGCAGAGAUGGAGCUGGAGUUGAAAAAAGAAUUUCAAAACAAGAUAAAAAUAAUGAGGAGUUGGCAACACUGAGAAGACGACUCCAGAAGAAAGUGGACUUGGAGAAGUGCUUACUGAGGGAGUACCAACACAAGCUAAAGUGUACAAAGUUACGAACCCAAGAGAUCAUUGACGAGUUCAAUGUCGACCGAAGGUCUUUGAAUGAGAUCCGAGAAGAGCUACAAAAAGCAUGUAGAUUGAAUAAACUUAUAAUUGAAAAUUUCAUACCACCACAGAAAGUUGCCGGGGUUUCUUUCAACUCCAAUGAGGACUGCAAAAGUAUCCUAAGCAAAAAUAACAUUGAAAUUCAAAAAAACGAAGAGCUUAUGGUACAAAAUAUAAUUUCUAGAAAUCGUGACUGGUGUAGAGAGAACGAAGUACUCUAUCUGCAGCCAAUAGAUUAUAAUGCUGACAAUAAUAACUAUUUCACCUACUAUGCAGCCAGGCCAUUACUCAAGAAGAUGCUAAUUAGCAUGGAAAAACAGAUAGGAGGUCACAAUUCAGUGAGAGAAAACAUUCGAAACACCAUCAUUGAAGAAUCAAUUUCGACUUCUCAAUCUAAGCCCAGCAAUAAUAUAAUCUAUCCUAAACCAAGAGGUUUAGUUCCAAGAUGAAGCAAAGAUCCCAAAUCAAUUCAUUUUAGAAUAUUUUCCAAAUUUCAUCAUAAGAACAUCUUUG